AUGUUAGAAGAAUGGGAGAAAUUAGCUUCAGCAAAAGGAACAGUGGAACUUGAUUCUUGGACUUACUGUCAUGACUUAACCAGAAACAUGCUUGCUCGUGCUUCUUUUGGUGAUUUCUACAGAGAUGGCAUCAAAAUCUUCGAAAUCCAACAAGAACAGAUCGAUCUUGGUCUCCAAGCUAUUCGAUCCGUCUACAUUCCUGGCUCAAAAUUUUUGCCAACAAAGUUCAACAAGAGGCUGAGAGAAACCGAGAGGGACAUGAGGGCUAUGUUUAAAGCUAUGAUUGAGACAAAAGAGAAGGAGAUAGAAAGAGGAAGAGGCACCGAGAAAAACAGCGACUUGUUGUGCUCGAUGUUGGCUUCGAACACAAAGCAAAUCAAAGAGCAAGGACUUGAUUCAGGGCUAAGCCUCGACGAUCUGAUUGAUGACUGUAAGGCUUUCUAUCUUGCUGGUCAAAACGUGACUUCUUCAUUGUUUGUUUGGACGCUUGUUGCAUUGAGCCAACAUCAAGACUGGCAAAACAAAGCACGAGACGAGAUUUCUCAGGCGUUUGGUAACAACGAGCCAGACUUCGAAUGCUUAAGCCACCUGAAAGUCGUAACAAUGAUACUCCAUGAAGUUCUAAGACUCUAUUCUCCAGCUUACUUCACAUGUCGGAUAACAAAACAAGAAGUGAAGCUAGAGAGAUUCUCUUUACCCGAAGGAGUUGUGAUCACAAUACCGAUGCUCUUGGUGCACCAUGAUCCUGAUCUUUGGGGAGACGAUGUGAAACUGUUUAAGCCCGAGAGAUUCGUCAAUGGCGUUGCGAGCGCGACCAAAGGAAGGCUCUCCUUCUUACCGUUUAGCUCGGGACCUCGGACAUGUAUUGGCCAAAACUUUUCAAUGUUGCAAGCUAAGCUCUUUGUUGCAACGGUUCUUCAAAGGUUCAGUGUAGAGCUCUCUCCGUCGUAUACACAUGCUCCUUUCCCAGCUGCAACUACGUUUCCACAACAUGGAGCUCAUUUGAUCAUCCGAAAAGUUUAA